AUGCUCGAGGAGGCAGCUCUGCCACUGCCCCAAGAACAUCAUCUGUACCAACAGGCUCUGGCCUCUCCUGACGCUCUCGAUGAGUCUGACCUUCAACGCUGGAAGUCAGCUCCGCCGUUUGUAGCAGACGACAAUGACUCUGAUCGUCUGUCAAUGGAUUAUCUCUCGUACACAUCAUCUCUCUCUGCUGUGCUGCAUGGUGUUCGACUCCGGGAGCAACGUGAACGAGAUCUCAAGCUUCGGCAAGCCUUCAGAACGCGCCAGAGAACAGCAGCAUUGAGCUCUCUCACUGCAGAGGUUGUGCGGCUGCACCUGGAUUGGGAGGCCGCCCAGCUUAUGCUACAGAAUGAGCACUAUCAUCCUGUUUUGCACCCUCGUGAGCUGUCCAUGCUCAAGCAUCAUUGUCACUGGGUUGCACGUACGAUCGUACAUCUGCAUGGAUUGAAAUUCCUUGAAUAG